UCUCAUCCGUACGCCAUCUCUUCCGAUUCGUCUGAUUCCAUCAAUUCGAUUUGAACACAGAUGAUGCUGUUUUGAGUGCAAUCAAUCAAUAGUCAUCUAUGGCGAAAAUCAGCGAUGAAAAGUACGACGGCUUGGAGAUUCUUUCCAUAGGAGCUUUAUACAACGGCCCCCUGGAAAAGAAGUACUGGAGCUCUACUAGGGGAAAAGAUCGGUAUCCCUAUCCUGUUGGAUACCAAGCUCUGCGCACACGGAAUGGUGUCACAUAUACAAUGAAGAUUCAUGAAGGUCUUAAAGGGCCUUUGUUUAUGAUAUCUUCAUCUGAUGGACAGUCAUGUUCAGGACAAACUCCAGAUAUUGCAUGGGGUAAGUUUCCAAAGAAAGGAUCCCAUAGCAUAAAAUUGGGCCGUGAGAAAAGAUUUUCUUGCAAGAUAGACGGGGUUGAAUUUUUUGGAUUCAAAAAUUCGUCUGUUCAGAGGUUGCUACGAGAAUUGCUAGCAAAUGUUGGAUGCACUGAUCAGAAUCUGCAACCGUCCAGCUAUGGGAGCUUGCAUUCUGGAAUGAAGCAUCAGACAAAAGUCACAGAUUCAUUCAUAUGUCCUGGUCCACCCCUAUCAUGUCUGGACAAACCAAUUAUUAAAGGGAAGAGAAGCAGGACACUUAAAAUGAAAAACUUGAACCCUGGGGCUUCAACUAGCCUUAAAAAGCUUCGAUAUGGAGAUUGUAUUGUAAAUGCUGCUGAAUUCAGUUUUAGGCAGGGUAAAAAUUGUAGUGUUGAGAACUCCAUGAAUCACAUGCCAACCAAAGACCAAAAAACUAGUAGUGUAACAGGAGGAUCACUGGAAUCAUUGAAAGAAGCAGGGGAUGGCGGUAAUCCUUCUUCUGUUCAAGAUGGUUUUCAAUCAGGAUCCUCUCAGUAUUACAUUCUCAAAGAAGGCGAUAUCCCCCAGAAAGAAGACAGGCCUUUGCUACAGGUUAGUAGACUAACAAGCAUUGAGACUGAAGGCUAUAGUUCAUUAAUGGCCAAACAGGAUAAAAGUGGAGAAAUACACUUUGAAAGAGAGACAGGAAACAACAAUGAUUUGGGCCUUUUUGCCCCAGACUCUUUGGAUCUUUUCUAUAGCACCGCCCCUCCAGUUAAUGAAAAUGGUUCCCAUUCACAAGAAACUGGACAAAAAGAUAGUUCUUCUGAUAAAGACUGCAAUCCAGAUGCCAAUGAAUUGGUUAUUUCCGAGGAAAAAGCAGCAGAAUUACCUCUAGAAGCAGAAAGUGACUCACCAUAUGCCCACUCUGAGAAGUUUUCUGAAGUUGGUAGAGAGAUAUCUGAAUCAAUGAUGACAUGCCUUCUCCCACGUGCUGUUCCACUUCUCAAAACUUUCAAAAGAAGGAAAAAGAAAACAAAGGAGUCUUCGGAGAUUGCUCCUUUCCAAGCCUCAAUCAGGAAAGACAAUCUUAGGACUGAAGACAAUGGGACCUCUACAGAUUUGGCAAGAGCACACAUUGAUGGCUCCAAUUUAGAAGGGCAGAAGGAAACAAUGCAUGCCUUUACAGACACUGCUGCUUUGUAUUGCCACGAACCUGGACAAUGCACAAUAUUUGCUCCUGACAGUGUUGACUACGAUUGCGGCGCUGAUGACAUUGGACUAUAUAUACCUUCCUUGAGAAGUGAAUGCCCUCAACUUGACACUAUGGUACCACCUGUUCUUGUUGAUGCUGUCAAUGAACCAACGGAGGUUCAUGCCUGUGUUAAUGAAAGGCAAAGAAUGGACUUUGAUAAUGAAGUUAAUGUAGCUGCCACAAGUUAUCCCAAGGAGGAAGAAUCUUUCUUUGCUGAAUUUGCUCCUGGGUUCACGCCCUCAAGCAAGACCAGUUAUCUGGGGAACUACAAAGUCAUUUGCGAAGAAUCAGAUGGAUGUAUCUUGAAAUCAGAAGAUUCUCCCGGUUCAAGUGGAGGUAAGGAUUCCAGUGGCCCAAAAAAGGAAAAUAAUCAGGACGCUUUCUCAGCUCAACAAACUGAUGCAUGUACUGUAGCAGCAAUAAGCCACAGUCUUUUGACUGAAAGUAUAAUCUGCAGAAGUAUUGUAGAUGGUUGCGCUCCUGACCCUGUAACAUCCGGUGUUGCCCCAGGGAACCAUCCAGUUAGUUUAUUCCAUCAUAAAGAACACGAGAGCCAUCCAUUUAGUUCUGAAUCUAAAUUUGAAUCAUUGCAUGAAGAGAAAAAUGUCAAUGGUCAUAAUAGUAAGUUCAGCAGUGGAGCUCAGUCUGUACUGUGUCCUUCAAAUGAUGGAUAUGAUUUAGAUGUUUCUACUACAUGCAUGGCCCGUGAAGGAAAUUGUCAAACACAAUUUGCAGAGGAGCAGGUUCACAAGGUCAUUCAGAAUUCAAGUCUAAGGCUUAAGAACAACGUAGAUAAUGCUCUUGAGUUUUCUGGACGAUACGUCCACCCUUUGCCAAUUUUAUCUAUCUUAUUGAGGAGAAGAGAAAAUACUAUGUAUAUUUGUGUCCUAUGUGGUAAUUUGGUUGACAAGGAUGGGACACUUUUCAUGUACAAGGUAUCACUAGAGGAGCACAUUGGAAGCCCAUCUUUCAUUGGUUACUCAAAGAUAUUAUUUUCAGUGUCUAGAGAUGCAGUUGGUAGAGAAAUAGCACCUUAUAGAUCUGGUUUGCAACUUACUCCAGAUGGACAAUGCCUUGUAUUUCCUAAUAGUAUUGAAGCUCCCUAUUGCAGGAAAGGAGAGAUACAGUGUCAAUGUAUGGCAUGUCAAUCAUGUCAGUCUCAGAAGGAUGCAAUCAAGGUAGUGCAAAUAAAGCAUGGACAUGUUUCAAAGGUGACAGAACUUAUGACAAAUGAUAAGGUUCACUGUCUAUUAGUUUGCCCACCAAGCUCUCUUCUUGGAGUUCAAGGGAAUGGAGCAUUGCACUUGUGGACCAUGAACUCAACAUGGAGUGCACCAACAGAAACAUAUGAUUUAUCAACUUGUGACUGCAUCUUUCCUUGUAUCGUGGAGCUGAAGAGAAUUCCCAAUUCAGCUGCUCUGGUUAUUGGUCAUAAUGGUUUUGGGGAAUUUGGCAUAUGGGAUAUCUGCCAACGUGUUCUUGUUGCUAGAUAUUCAUGCCCAAGUACUUCAAUACUCCAAAUUGCUCCAGUUACAGUCUUUAGAUGGAAAGGUCAAGGCCGUGCUUCAAUGAAUCCCUUUGAGAAUGAUCGAAUAGAUGCCAUUCUUACUGCAACAGAAAAGUCAUUCUCAAAGCAUCCUGAAAAUAACUCCCCCAUCCUGCCAACAGAAAAAGAAGAGAAUAUGGUGAUCUGGCUUCUUGUAUCAACAACCUCUGAUACUGAACAAAAAUUCAAGUCCAGUGAUUCCCAAAUGAACCUAGGUGGAUCAUGUAGGUUAGCUCUAUUGAUGGAAAACAAAGUGACAUUAGGAAGUGCACUGGAGUCCAGAGCCACUGCUUUAGGGACAUCAGCUGGUCAUGGAAUUCUCGGAACGUGUGAUGGAUGCCUUUAUACUUGGGAAAUCUCUACAGGAAUCAAGCUUCAAGUUCUACAUCAUCUUGAAGGUAAGGCCAUCACUUGUAUCGCCAUGGACCAGGAUUCAUGUACAGAGUUCUUAGCCGUUGCAUCUGGAGAACACUUGCUAUUUUAUCGUUCACCGAUCCACUAAUUCCUUCGGCCAUCCAGUUUUGGCUCAAAUGAUCUACCACCAUAUUAUGCUUCCAUUUGUUGUUCUAUGUAAAAAAAUAAAUAAAUAAAACUCUAUUGCCCCAGUCUUGUAAAGUUCAAUUUUCAUUUUGAGCAAAAUCACAUAUGUGCAGAACAAAAGUCAUUAGAAGCAAAAUCUACCCUUUU